AUGGUUUCCCAGGAGCAGAAUUUAUUCGACUACGCUUUUACUCUACAAGAUGACAAGAGUGAUCAUCAGCAAGUCCUUAUGAGCGACAAAGCGAUCGGAUCAUACCGCGAACAGUUGAAAUUCAGUCAGGUGCAGUUAUCUGCAACCUUUUAUUCAUUCGACAAGUCUUCCAGCACCGAGACCCUUCCUCAACUAUCUCCUACGCCCUCCUCCAAUGACUUGCCUGUCCAAGAGACAAGGUCUACGAUACAUCUUCCGAUAGCUAUUCCUCAAACCUCAAAUCUGUUCGGCGUAAAACACCUUUCACCCUUCGCACGGUGUUACCCUCCAGCUCUUCAGUCUAUUCAAAAUCCUAUAUCUCAGGAAGUUUUCGUCGACUUUCUUGACGGUCUCAACGGCGUCUUUGUGGCACACCCGAGCAUGUUGGCCAUCGGCUCCUCACCCAUGAUGUCUUUCCUUCGAGUCCGCAAGUACAUGCAGAAAAUCAAUCAAGAGCUGUUCAGACCAAGUGGCCUGAAGGCUAAGAUUGUUUCCACGAAGAAGAUGAUCAGCUCGAUAAAAUCCCAGACCACGGAUGGAAAAGACAGACUUGUUCUCUGCAACUUGGGUGAAGUAGGCACUACACCCAUCUCGUGCGACAGGAUGGAGUACACCGCUGACAUGCAUCAGAAAUGCGAGGAGAAUCCUCAAGACAGGCUGCUCAGAACUUUGGACGGUUAUGUGUCUCCCUUGAGCUUCGACGUGCCUAGUCAAGCUUUACCGACCAACUCUGUUGGGAAAGCGCUGAGCACAUCCACUUCCUUCAUCGACAGAGUCCAAACGAAACUGCUCUCGAACUCUCGCAGAAAGAUUUCCAACAACAAUAUCGGUUUCUGCGACCAGAAUGAUGCCCGCAUCUUUGACCUCGAAAAGGCUAUACUGAAAUGUCAAUCGCAAUUGAAGGGCAGAUCACUAGACCUUGAUCUGGGCACCGCGUCUGCAAAAGAGCAUAUCGAAAUUCACGACCUGAGGGCACAUCUCACGGAAUUGAAAGUCGAGAUGGCACUGGAGAAGCAAGUUCGUGACAAUCGCUUGGAGAAAACUCGCAUCGCACACGCGAGAACUUUUGCGGCGAUUGAUGGGGAAGACAAUAAACUCGCGAACAGGAUCUUGUGGUUGGUGAUAACUGAAGAUGAGGGAAACAGCACAAGACCAGGAAGGAGCUCAGGAGAGAUUGCCAAGAUGAAAGUCACAAGUUGA